AUGCGUCUGCAGGUCUCCACCGACACCACCGUCGAGUUCUAUACCCUCCGCGGCGGCGGCCCCAUCUUAUCCGCUGCGCCCCAGUCUGCACACCCUCGCCUCCGCAUCCACGCCUCCCCCGAGCUCAGUCCCGUCGCUGACCCGAUCGCUAAGCUCACUCGCGAGUGCAGCGCCCUCCGCAUCAAGCUGGCCACCGCCGAACGCCGCGAACGCAUUUCCCAGUACGGCACACGUACUGCCCCUGCCUCUGCUCGCACACCUCCCCAGCCCCAGCUCGCGCUUGGAUUCGAAUCAGCUCUGUCUCAGCGCGACCCAGCACGAAGCCACAUCCACUCUGAGGUCAUGAAGCUCGCCGAGCGCUACAAGGCGCUCGAGAAGACGCUCCGGGAGAUGCAGGAUAACCUCCGGAUGAAGGACCGCGAGAUCGAGGCCCUGCGUACGGAGCGCGAUCGGCUCAUCGCCGAGCGAGACGAGGCUCGCGCGAAGAGCCGCAACGAGAGCGUCGAGCGCGACUACGACGAUGGGGGCAGCACGCUCAGUGGGAACGGGCGGGGAGCGGGUGAGCGUUUCUCUCGGAAUCGGGACCGGAGCAGGACCAGGAGGCAUACACGACGUUCGGAUGACGCGCCGCCGGUCCCGCUCGGACCUGCGAUGAGUCUGGAGGCGGAACAUUACGCGCGUGCACGGAGCAUGGACGUCUUCCUGACCAAGACGGACGGCUGGUCCGGUGCGCAGAUCAUUCAGGCAGUCGACGACCUCAAUGCGGAGAUCAACCACUUUGCCGCCGCUGCCACCGACUCGUGCACCUUCGCGAAGCGGUCGAGGGCGAAGGCGGGUCUCGGCGUCCCUCCUGAACUGGAGAACUGUACGCCAUGGCUCGGCCCUGGGCUGUCGCGGAUACUCGCCGUUCGCGACCACGCCCAGGAUCCCAUCCUUGUCCAGCUCGCACUGCAAGCAAGCAUCGCGACAUGUUGUGCGCGUUCAUUAUCGUUAUUCUGUGUUGGUUUCCCCUCGAAGCUAGAUGCCCUUCUGACUCGUAUACUCGCGCAUAUGCAAACCUCCGAACCACAAGCUACCUCUUCUCGAUGGCGCGCGCUCACUCACCGCUCAAUACGCAUGCUCUAUCCCGGCUUGGAAGAAUACGCCGUAACGGAGCUGGUCACGACGAUGCUCCGCUGGUCCUCCGCGGUCUUCAUCCUCUGCGGCUCCGGCAACGCACCCACCUCUGACUCGUCCCUGCACGCGCAGCUGCGCCGCAUAGCCGAAGCCGUAUACAAGCUAGCGCGCGUCACCCGCGAAGAUAUCCUCUCCACGACGUUCGAGGUCCUCGUCGUCGACGGCGGCAACCCGUUCGAGCCGGGCCGCAUGCUCAACAAGAUGCGCGAAAACGAAAGCGACGAGCACCUCUCGCCGCUCGCGCUCCUCGCAGACGCGGGCCUCGGCACCGGGAACGGCGCGAUGCUGAACGGGCAUGGACACGGGCACGGGCACGGACAUGGCAAGCCGCACCCCGAGGACAGCGGGCGGGUGCUGUGCACGACGGAGCUCGGGCUGCGCUGUCUGACGCGCCGCGACGCGCGCAGCAGCUCGGGCGAUCCUGCCGAGGCGGAGGCGUUCGAGAACAGGAUGCUGCUGCUCCCGAAGGUCCUCCUCGACUCCGCGAUGGACGUGAUCGAGCGUGGAUGACAGACACGCCCCGCGACCACACGGAACAAGGCCCGUCUCUUUUAGACCGGCGCGGCUGCGACGGUGCGCUUCCCACACCGAUAUAUCGAGGGAGAGGACAUCCGGCGCAAUAGACUGGGAAGGCCGGUCGAGCCCCGUCCUACUUGGGCAGGGAUGUUGGUGCGUGGAUGCUCGCUCUGCUUUCGGAACUGCAACUGCUAUGACAUGUCUGCACGUGUAUUCGUAUGCUGUCUCCUAUCGCACGACCCCGCACAUUAAAGACCGCUAUUUCUGUAGGUAGGAGCGGGCCCGCACCGGAUAUGCGGGCGCGGAUAUUGGCCCGGACUGUAAAUACC